AUGAAGGAGAGAACUGAAGUCAAAUCAGUUAGAGAUGAAGAACUUAAUAAAACAAACAUUUCUGAUUUUGAUGAUGAUAAAGAUGAAGGAAUGAAUACAAAGUUGGUUUCAUUUUUAACUGUUAAACCAUUACAACAAAAGUUUCCAGAUAAUGAAGAAAGACAAAAAGAAGAUCAAGAUAUGAAUGUCGACGACCCAAUAAAUUUGGGUUUAGAUAAUAAUAUUGACGAGGAAGCUAUUAGACAUCCGCAUAAUCCAGAAAGACAAAUAGAAUUUGAAGGCAUAAAUGUUGAUGACAAAAUAAAUUUGGCUUUAGAGGUGAAUAAUAUGGAUGAAACUAUUGGAAAGAAGAAUUUAGAAGAGAAUGUUGAGAGCAAAAAUCAUGUUGAGGGUGGUGAAAUGAUUGGUGGGGAGAAGAUUAGGGAGGGGAAUAUUGUAGAGAAGGUGGUUGGAGACAACAUAGGUGACAGCUCAAUUGUUACACCAAAACAUGAUCCAAAAGAAACUGGUGAUAAUUCUGAGGGUAAUGAUGAAGACGGAGAGUUAGAAGGGAAUGAAGAACAUAUUUUAGAUGAGAAAGGGAAAAACGUUCGGAAUGUGAAUGAAAGAGGGAAAAGGAAGGUGACUAAUUCAGAUAUUUUAGAUCACCUUAUGUGA